AGGAAUAUAUAAAAUUAUUGUACAUAUAUAUAUUUAAAAUUUGCAAAAUUACUUACAUAUGCUGAUUUUCCAUUGUUGUGUACUUUUUUGUUUGCUUAUUUUUCUUAAAACAGCUGUUUGACAGCUAAAAGCUUUUUACCUCACGUGGUGACUUUUUUAAGCUUUUUUCUUAUGAGGUUUGAGCUAGAAUAGCCUCACAAAUUAUGCCUCACAAGAAAUCUCUCAAAUAUUUCCUCUCAACUCAGUUGAGAGGUUUUUUCAGAAUAGGGCUGUAAGUCAUAAAAUUCCUACAAUAAAGAAUUCAAUUGUGUAAGAAGAACAUUCGCGAGCGGUCAUAAUUUUAUUUCGGUACAGGCAAUUUUAUUUGAUUUUAUAUUUCACGCAUUCCCAAUUAACUUUUCUCAAAAAAGCUUGAGAUUUUUCAUGGCGCCCGAGCAGGGACAAUAGUGCGUGAUAAAAGUUUAAAGUUUAAUAAAUAACAUUUUUAAAACAAUUUUCGUGGAUAUCAUAUUUCCGUAUAUACAAUUUUCGGUUUCAAUUGCUUGGAUUUAACCUUUAACUUAAGACGUGGUAGUAAAUUUUACACCUUGUGUUUUGAUUUUCUCAUAACUUCGCUCCAUUUCGCUCUCAUAACUUUAUACUCUCAGCACUCUAAUAUUUUGUUCCACUCUUAUUGUCAGUAUUGUUUCGCUCGUGGCAACGAAGAGUAACACGGAAAAAUUAAAGUAUAGGUGUAAAAUUUACCACACGUCGUCAUUAGUGAAAUUUUUGGAUAGAAAAUAUUUUACUACCACAUCUUAGUUACCUGAAAAAUGGCACAUUCAAAAAAAAUUAACACAGAGGAGAUUACCACAAUUUUGGGAGAUGAUGACUUUUACGAUGACGAAUUUUAUGAUAAUGUGAGUGAAUUCGAUGACGAAGACAUCGAUCCAAAUUUUUGCAUUGAGACUUGCAGUGACAGUAACUCCGAAAUAACAGAAAGAGAUAAUGAAGAGGAAAUAAACCCAACAGUACUUAGAGAAGAAGUGGAAGAUUUAGAAAGCAUUGAAGUGGAUGAGGUUGAAAUAAUAAAUAAUAAUAGUUCUAAAAGAGUUUAUUACUACGGAAAAAAUCGUUUUAAGUGGUCGGCGCAACCACCACAAAGAUUUGGUAGAACUCCAUUACAUAAUAUUGUGAGAUUGCCAAUUUUAAUAGGUUGUACACGUACUCAAGGUGAGCGCGAAAGCAUGUUGUGUCAAUAUUGGUCACGUUUUUUUGAUGACAGCAUUGAGAAUAUAAUCAUUGAACACACCAACAAGAAAUUAGCAGAAAUAUUUCAGCUUAAAAAUAACGUUGAAGCGAAAUCUUUGGAUAGAAUAGAAUUGCGAGCGUUUUUAGGCCUACUACUGUAUUUAUCUGUUUUUAAAUCUAAUCGAGAAUCCACAGAUCUUAUAUUUGCUACUGAUGGAACAGGCAGAGAUAUAUUUAGGGCUACCAUGUCCAAGCCUCGAUUUCUCAAUAUACUUUCGUGCUUACGGUUUGACAAUUCAUUAGAUAGGAAAGAAAGGCUGUCUAAUGAUCCAACAGCAGCAAUUUCAGAACUUUUUAAUAAGAUAAUUGAGAAUUGCAAAACGAAUUAUUCCAUAGGCACUCAUGCCUGUAUAGACGAAAUGUUAGUUCCAUUUCGUGGCAGAUGUAAAUUUAAAGUGUAUAUGCACAGAAACCGGCAAAAUAUGGUUUAAAAAUAAUGGCUUUAACAGACGCACGUACGCAUUAUCUUUCAAACGCCUAUAUUUAUUAUGGAAAGAAUUCAGACGGUGUUAAUCCUUCAAAUGCCGAAAAAAAGCUUGCAGUGCCAACUCAAGCGGUUGUAAGAUUAUCUAAGAAUAUAGAAGGAACUAACAGAAACAUUACCGCGGAUAAUUGGUUUUCAUCAAUUCAAUUAGUACAGAUACUAAAGGAACGAGGACUUACUUAUUUGGGUACUCUGAGACGGAAUAAAAGGGAAAUUCCGUUCGAAUUUUUACUAAACAAAAACCGUCUUGUUGAAAGUUCUAUUUAUGCAUUUACAAAAGAUAUGACACUUCUAUCUUAUGUGCCCAGGGUAAAUCGCGCAGUUAUUUUAAUAUCUUCGAUGCAUCAUCAUACUGCAAAUGAUCCAAUUACCGGUAAGCCAGAAAUUAUUGCCGAUUAUAAUAAUACAAAAGGAGGAGUGGAUGAGCUCGACAAAAAAUGUUCUAUUUACUCAUGCAGUCGCCGAACACGACGUUGGCCUUUAGCAGUAUUUUACAGAUUAAUUGAUAUAAGUGCAGUUAAUGCAUACAUUUUGUAUCAAUCUUCGCGUAACUACAGUGGGAUUUCAAGAGCUAACUUCUUAAAAACUAUUGCUAGAAAUCUAGUUGUGCCACACUUACAAAGAAGAGAACACAACAAGAGAAUAUCUCGUUCUUUACGUGAUAUUAUCCACUCGAUAUUGGGUUCUGAUUCUCUUCCAGAGCCUGUUGUGGAGAAAGCGGUUACUUCACAGUCAAGCAAAUUAUGUUACAUAUGUCCUAAUAAAUUAAAAAGAAAAACAACACAUACAUGCUUAGAAUGUAAAAACCCCAUGUGUAUGGCUUGUAGCAAACGCUUGUGUAUUAAUUGUACGAAUACUGAAUAUGAUGAGUAAUAUUUAAGUUAACCAAAUAUUGACUGUUAUUUUCUAAACUAUGACAGUCAUAAGAAUGUUCCUUUUUUAUAUUAAUUUAUACGUAUUAGGCUGUGAAAAAAUGCCAUUUAAUUUGCUGUUAAGUUUUUAUUUUUUUUCAUAUGUACAAGUUACGGAGUACCUCUAUUUUUUGCUUGUAAAAAAGGCUUCUAAAAUAAACGACACAUUUUUCAAAAAAAUACAAAGAG